AUGAACACCAGCAACACAAUAUCUGCAUGGCCUCCAGUGCGAGUGUCCAUUCAAUCAGACAACAGUUACCGCACAUAUAAUGACGAGCAGAAUCCACAAGCCCUCUUCGAAAAGGCAACACGCUACUUGGAUUCCUUGAAAGCGAAUUACACAAAAGAGCAGCAAAAUACCCUGACCAGAGAAACCAACGAGGCCGUGAUUCAUGCCAUCUUCGGGAGCAACAUGAUAGAACGGGCCGGUUUUGAUUGGGAACCCACACUUCUGAUUUGCCGUAGCGUUAUAAGACAAAAUGGGGAAUAUAUGGUAGACCCGUAUAGUGACAUCGGAGAGUCAUGGGCUGGCCAUAGUGCAUUGCGUGGGAAGUCCCGUGAUGAGCUUGUCCGAGGCCAUCGUGAAGUUGCACAACAUAUGAUGGCCUUCCAACAUAUCAUUCACCAGUUUGUUAUCGCUCGUGGUGAAAUGACGGAAGGCCUCAUCAAAGAUACGCACGCGAUAUUGUGCAAGAAUAUCUCAAUCAUUGAUCCGGAGCAUCCAGAAGUGCCUUGGGAAAAAUAUGCAGGGAAAUAUCGCGAUGUCGCCGUGGGUGCCGGAAAUACGAUGUUCAUCAUGCCGAAGUUCGUCCCUGCUAAGAUGGUUGAAAUGUGCGCGGGCCUCCAGAGAGAGCUUGAAGAGGGCGAGGCCACCCGAGGGAUUUUAGACCCGUUCUCAUUGGCCUCGAAAUACUCGCUUAAAUUCGUCGAAAUUCACCCCUUUCAAGAUGGUAACGGACGCAUGUGUCGCUUGAUCCUGAAUGCGAUCCUCCUUCGGUAUGCUGGUGUUAUAGUGGCGAUAGGGGAGACUGAAGAGGACCGUGUCGAGUAUAUAGAUAUCAAGAAGCGGGCCUCAAGAGAUAUGGAAGGGCACGGGGAGUAUGCCACUUUUGUGUUGAAGAAGGCGGGAAAAGGUAUUCAGAAGCUCAAGCAGAAGCUCCAGGGGAAAAGGUCAUCAUAA